AAGAACUGAGCAAAACAGAACAUAAACAGUAAGAUUAGUCUGCGCGUAAGAGAAAGUUUUUUGGGUUCAUGAUGAACUGGCGUUUCAGCCGUGGAGAUAGGCUGGAGUGGCGGCAUUGCGCCUGAAAAUUAUAAACAAGAUACUACGGUUUGUCAGUUCAGGAGCGACCGGAUUAUAAGAGGCAUCUUCAUGCACAUGACCAACGCGGGUCAGACGCAUCACACGUCUCAACACCAGCGAGGAUCUCGAUUAUGUGCAGAGCUUUUAGAUGGAUCAUCACCAUCGCAUUCCUCCGAGGGUUUGUGAAAGCAUCAUGGUUCCUGGUUAUCCGUACCCCCGUUCCACGCUUCCCGCAUAAGAACAAUGUGUCACGCGCGGUGAAUGAUAAGGAAGGAAGGUGGUUGUAUUGUGCAAUGCACAAAGGGUUACGAUCUGAUCUAGACUGUCCGAACAGAUGGCUAGGCCAGCAAGUGUGCUCAAUAGCAGUGUCAACACAGCGCGGAUUCUAUGAUAUCGGUGAGAUCCACAUAUGCAAUGGAUCUGAUUAGCCUAGUAGUCAAUGCGAGAAUAAUAUGUAGUGCUGAGAGGGCAGAAUUGCCACUUCCGUUAUCAAUCCGUUAUCCCCUGUAGUUUGGUAUUCUCCCGGAUUUUGCCAGCACAUCUGCCGGGCAGAACCGG